UGAAGAAAAUAAAAUGUCACAGUCUUAUUAUGAAAAUGAUAUAAAGAUAGAUAUCAAUUAAAUGGUAAAACUUUGGAACUCCAUGACAUAAUUUCUAUUUGCCGAUUUUUAACUAAGUAACUAACUAUGUAAAAUAAAAAUAAAAAUAUCAUAUGCUUAUUAUUUGCAGUAAAUUACUCCUAAUUACUUACAUUUUAGAGCUGCAGAGGCAGCUAAAACUUUGUUGAGGUUUUUCGGAAAACUGGCAAUGGACGCAGCUGAAUUGGAAGAAGUGUUGAGGGUGUUUGAUGAAUCUCUUUCCCAAAUUAAAUGGAGGCUUAAGCCUUCUUCAAAAUCUCGGCUUCAAACUGAUAUUUUGGCUUUGUGUUCAAGAAUGAGACCUUGCAUCAUGGUAGAUUAUGGUGGGAAGAUGCCUGAAUUGGGGAAUCAUCUUUGUGCAUUUCUUGAACACUGCAAAAAGGAGUCCUCGAUAUUUAAGCUUUUGCACGUCGUGGUAGUAGAUGACAUGGUGUAUCUGGUUGAGGCCAGAGCACUCGCAGACUUUGUUGAAUCGAGUUUGGAAACUGCUCUGCUGUUUGUCGACCUUGAAACUGAUCCUCCAAAGAUGAUGACACAGGCGGAGGAAAGCCCUGCAAUGACGCAGCUUCUGUCAGCUCAAAAGCUGUUCUCGUCAGUUUUUCAAGCGGAUGGAGUAAGCAGCGACCACUUGCAAAGACAUGAAACCAACGGCGUUGGAUCCUCUCGUGACGGAGAUGCUGCUUCUGAAUCUCCUGGGAUGGUUGAUCUAAGUUACUGCCUUCGGGAAAGUGAUGUAACCAUCCCAACACUUAACGGAUGGCUGCUUGGUUACCCCGUUAUUUAUUUGUUUGGGAAGGACCACAUCGAGCGUGCUGUAUAUAAUCUCUCUUCCAAGUCUCUUCACAUCUAUCAAAUAUUCGUCACCAGGUCUAGUUCAUCGAGCAAAGGACAUCGGAAGGAAGAACUGAUGAGUUUUACAGUGCCUUACGACUUGAGCUCGGAGGGAAGCAACGAGCCAUGGGCGGAGUCAUUUUUGGCUGCCAUGAAGGAAAGGUGGGAGAAAUGCAAGCACAUCUGGGAAUCUCUGCAUAUGGAGGUUAGUGGUUGUUAUCCACAAGCAAUUGCUCUGUGACAACAUCACGCAUACUAUUAUGCAAGCAUUUUUGUAGAAGAUAGGAUAAUUUUUGCUAGUGAAACCGUUAUAAUAAAUCUAGAAUUUUGAAAUUGCCAAUUACAUCUACCUUGGUUGUUGGCUACUUUUUUAUAACUGGGGAAACUAACCUUCAGUCAAGUACUUGUUCAGAUGAGUAAAACUCAUCUCUUUUUUCAAAUGAUUUAGUUAAUAUUUGAUAA